CCUCCCUCUCUGCGGCAGAAACCCGGCGCUCAACCAGCAGCUGACAAAAGAAGACUCUUCGGCUCCUCCGCUACACCUCAACAAGUCAUGGCCGCUAAGGAUAUCGUCGAGAAGGCCAUCACCGAUAACAAAAUCGUGGUCUUCUCGAAGUCAUACUGCCCCUACUGCAACAAAGCAAAGAAGCUGUUGGACUCGUUGUCUGCAAAAUACACCGCGUUUGAGCUCGACCAGCGUGAGGACGGGAGUGCGAUUCAGCAAUAUUUGAGGGAGAAGACCGGCCAGAAUACUGUGCCGAACAUUUUUGUUAAGGAGCAGCAUGUUGGUGGCUGCGAUGACCUUCACGCCGCCAACUCCAGCGGCAAGCUGCAGAAGCUUUUGCAAUAAACCUGCCUCAUUCCAAGUCUAGGAGGAAUUGUGGCCACGAUCCGUAGCUCGGUCUCCAUCCGUUUCCCAUAGUCAGUUUCUCAUUUUUGAAUCAUAUGUACCCAAUGACACUUUAGAGUUACGCUGUUGCA